CGCACAGCUUGAAGAAGAACAAGUGGGAGAGAGAGAGAGAGGAGAGAAAAAUGGAUCACGAAGGUGAUAUUCUGAGGACUGAUUUGAUGACCAUAACUCGUUUUGUUCUGAGCGAACAGACAAAGUAUCCUGAAUCACGUGGUGAUUUCACCAUACUCCUCAGUCACAUUGUUCUUGGCUGCAAAUUCGUUUGCUCUGCUGUAAAUAAGGCGGGACUGGCAAAACUCCUAGGACUAGCUGGAGAGACAAAUGUUCAAGGUGAGGAACAAAAGAAAUUGGAUGUGCUUUCUAAUGAAGUGUUUGUGAAGGCCUUAAUCAGCAGUGGACGCACAUGCCUUCUUGUUUCUGAAGAGAAUGAAGAGGCUGUGUUUGUGCCCCCAUCCAAGCGUGGCAAAUAUAUUGUUGUGUUUGAUCCUUUGGAUGGAUCCUCAAACAUUGACUGUGGUGUUUCUAUUGGAACUAUCUUUGGUAUUUACACGGUGAAGGAUGAAGCUAAUGUUACUCUUGAAGCUGCAUUGCAACCUGGGAACAAAAUGUUAGCGGCUGGUUACUGCAUGUAUGGAAGCUCUUGCACGUUUGUGCUUAGCUCAGGAAAUGGAGUGAAUGGUUUUACACUAGAUCCUUCCCUUGGGGAGUUCAUAUUGACACAUCCAAACAUCAAGAUACCAAAGAAAGGAAAGAUUUAUUCGGUGAAUGAGGGAAAUGCCAAAAACUGGGAUGAACCAACCACAAAAUAUGUAGAAAAUUGCAAGUUUCCUCAAGAUGGUACACCACCAAAGUCUCUUAGGUACAUUGGAAGUAUGGUUGCCGAUGUCCAUCGAACAUUGCUUUAUGGUGGUAUCUUCAUGUACCCUGCUGAUAUGAAAAACCCAAAUGGAAAGCUACGGCUUCUCUACGAAGUGUUUCCAAUGUCGUUUUUGAUGGAGCAAGCAGGAGGUCAGGCUUUCACAGGAAAACAACGGGCACUUGACUUGGUUCCAAAGAAAAUACAUGAACGAUCACCUGUAUUCCUUGGCAGCUACGAUGAAAUUGAGAAAAUGAAAGAGCUUUAUGCCGCACCCAAAGCAAAUGGUGCAUGAAUAUCGUCUUUGAAUCUCAGUUUGUGUUUCGUAUGUGUUAAGAGAUAUAAACUCUUGGGCUCUUGUCAGCCAAGUGGGUAGGAGAACUGGGUAUUUAUUUGAAUAAGUUACUUAGAGAGAAUAAAAGAAUGAAGAGGAUCAUUGUCCUUAAUUUGAAUCCUUGACGUAGAAAAUCAUUCAGUGUGCAAAACAGUUGGAAAUCCAUUAGUGACAUAA